UCAAUCGUGUCGUUCUCGAAGAUCGAUGUGUACUCUUCGCACCGCUUCUUCGCGGCCGACGGCAGCAGUUUUGCUGUUAACUCAAAGCAAACCAAAAAAACAAUGAAAUUUUCACUGAUAUUCGCGUUGGUAUUCAUAGUCUAUAGGGUUGGGGCAGACCUGCCGUCGGCCGCUAAGAAACGGUGCGAAGAGUACACAUCGAUCUUCGAGAACGACACGAUUGAACUGCAAUACGCUUACUGUGAAGACAUCGGCGACGGCCGGGGAUACACGUCUGGAAGGGCCGGAUUCUGUACGGGAACGGGAGAUGCGGUGGUUGUGAAAUACACGGCUAAGAAGCCCGACAACCCAUUGGCUAAGUAUCUGAAAGAGAUGGAGAGAUUGGCCAAAGAGAGCAGCGAUGACACGAGUAAAUUAGGCGGUUAUGUAAACGCAUGGAAAGAGGCGGCAAAAGACUCACUCUUCCGACAGAUUCAGGACGAGGUGUCCGACGAGAUGUACUACAAGCCAGCCAUGGCUUACGCCGUGAAGUACAACGUGAAGACACAUUUAGGCCAAUGCGCUCUCUAUGACUGCAUUAUACAACACGGGGACGACGAAGACGGCGACUCAAUCGGCGCUAUCCUUAAGAAGACGGGACACAAUUCAGGUGAUGAGAAGGCGUGGCUGAAGAAGUUCCUGAAGAACAGACGCGCCGACCUCUGGGACCCCGAAGAUCCCGACACCCGCGACGAGUGGAGACAAUCCGUGGAUCGAUGCGAUGCCAUGGUUACCAUUUUAAAUGAUGGUAAUAUGGAUUUACACGGACCUAUUAAAGUGCAUACACCCAAUCAUGAUGCAACCAUUCCUUAAGCUUAAUUGUAUAAUGUAAUUUUUAAUAAUAUUAUAUGAUUACUAUAGUCUGUA